GUUGUCGGCUCAGUUCAGUUGCGGCGCAAUUAGUGUGCACUCGUAGCGUGCGCGAAUUUAAGUGUAUAUGUGUAGUGUGCUAUGCAUGAGCGUCGUUGAUAUACCGUCUCGGUGAUAAUAUUUACGUUAAAGGCGAAUCGAAGAAAAAACAUUUCUUAUAUUUUUUUGGUCUUUGAGAUACGUAUAAUUUUCUAAUUUUUUCGCGUCACACAACUUUUUAAAAGCCGUUUCUUUUGAUUGAUUUAAGUGUAUACCGGCUACUCUUGCCGAUUCACGCCAUGGAUUACGGUUUGGAGCCGCUGCAGAGGGCUCGGUCCAACACGUGGCCGUUACCCAGACCGGAUGCCGAGGACGGAAUUAAUACGCAGUUACCAGAGGAUAGCCCACCGUCGCAGUUGAUGCCGCCGUCCACAUUGCCUUUGGAUAUCAUCGGACCGGCCGGCAACAGUUCAUUGCAACCGCCACAACAGCCGUUACAAUCGUUGAUUGCCGGUCCCGCCGGUGCCGCGGCCAAGAAAACGUCUAGUCGACGAAACGCAUGGGGUAACCAGUCGUAUGCUGAUCUUAUUACACAGGCCAUCAGUUCGGUACCGGAACAGCGGCUUACCCUAUCGCAAAUCUACGAGUGGAUGGUACAGAACGUGCCGUAUUUCAAGGACAAAGGGGACAGCAACAGUUCAGCCGGUUGGAAGAAUUCCAUUCGUCAUAAUUUGUCAUUACACAGUCGUUUUGAGAAGAUUCAAAACGAGGGCACAGGCAAGUCCUCUUGGUGGCAGAUCAAUCAUAACGCUAGUAAAACAACAGGCAAGUCUAGGCGCCGUGCAACUUCAAUGGAAACGCCCAAGUUUGAAAAGAGACGCGGUCGUGUCAAGAAAGUCGUGGAGGCCAUCAGAAACGGUCUACAUCCGGAGAACACGCCUAGUCCAAGCUCUUCCGUCUCAGAAAAUUCAGACAUGAUACCCGUGUCACCCCUUAGGGGAUUCCAGUUCAGUCCUGACUUCAGAGGGCGGGCGUCUUCAAAUGCUUCUUCGACAGGCCGGCUGUCUCCGAUAUUCAGCGAACAACUGAGCACAGCCGAUUACGGUCUCGACUCGGUGGCAGAACAAGGCCAAGCCGACCAAUUGGCUGGUACGUUAGCGCAGACCGUUCGUCUGUCUCAGCCGCUACAACCAUUAGACAGCUACAGAGACGUCUUUUUGGACAACCGUCCACCACCACCGCCGUACAGCAGCAUAGCGUUCCCGUCGUGUCCCAUACAUGGUUACCAAGGAUGUUCUUGCUUCAACUUGAAUCAGCUCAGCAGCAUAAACAGCACGUCUCCUUACAAUAUCAAACAGGAGUACAACAAUGGCUACAUGGAUAACCAGCAAGACGACAACAUGUCUGCUACGGUUGUCGGACAGAUCAUGGGAGCUUCUCACUUGUCGUUCGACGACCUCAACAUCAACUUGGAUAAAUUCACUCCGGUAGAAUGUAACGUGGACGAGGUCCUCAGUCACGAAGUCAGCUUAGGCGGUUGUUUAGACUUUAACAACUUCAAUCCGACUACACAACCGCAGCCGACUGUGGCCACGACACAGACAUUGGCCUCUGUCAGCCACGAUCAGUCGCCAUUCUCCUCCGGUCACCAUUGGGUACAUUGAACAGUGCACAGUAGUUCAUCCACAAUGGCCGCAUACCAUUUGUUUUCACUGGAGACAAUGUGAGUCUAGUAAUUCUAUUGUGUUUUGCCACUGUGUUGCCCUAAUAGUGUAAUUUAAUAUUGUUUAUUUUUACCGGUUUCAAGAAUAUGAUGUUAGAGUUAGAUUUAAAGUUGUAAAAGAAAUAUUUCAAGAAAAAAAUUAGUAGUACCUUGUUAAUAUAUGAUGUUGUGUUCUUUUAAAAUAACAACUAUUUUAUAUAUCCUAUAUACUUUUGUUAUGAUAGAUGUAAUGAUAUUUAAACUAUACAUAAUGUAUUACACGGAUAUAUAUAUAUAUGUAUAUGUAUGAUAUUAAAUUUUGUUAACAUAGUCUAAUAUUUGUUGUAGUUUUAAAUUGAUUGUAACCGCUGAAUAUAUUGUUAUUUAGGUAUUUUAUUAUCAUUAAUAAUAUAGUUGUACAUGUAUACAUUACUAGUGUUUUAAACUAAUAUACCGGAUUUUGGCUCAAGUUAGGCCGAUGAUAGCUGUAAUCAAAAAAAAAAAAAAAAAAUUAAGAAUACAUUUAGAUUAUAUUCAUAGUAUGUAAGGAUUUGUUUGUUUGUAAAUGCGUUUGCUCAGCCAUAAACUGUUUUGUCUAAUAUAUAAAUGUAUAAAUUAUAUAACUUGUUUUGCGAAAAAAUUGUUUGAUUGAUCUUUGAAAACUAAAAUGUUAUAUGCAUAUUAUUUGUGUAUUUUGAUUACUACUACAACAGUUUAUUUUUAUUUAAAAAUUUAUUACGACAGUAAUUAGCUUUUGUAUUUCUUAAAACAUUAAAUUAAAAUAUAGCAAGUCCAUUUUCAUGAUUGUACAACAAAUAUUUUAAAACCGAACUUUUGUGCCAUACAAUAUUUACGUAAUAAAAAUGUUCAGUUCUAUUUUCAUGAUAAAAUAUUUUUAAUAGCUCUAAAAAUAAAAAAAUUUGAUUCAUUUUUCAUUAUUAAUUUUAAUGCGUAUGCCAGUGCCUUAUGAUCUCAAAAAAUAUACCUCCAAAGCAAACAUUAUUUACAUAAUAAGUCAUUUGAGAAGUAAAUUUUAUGCAAACC